UAACUUCACAUUACUUUUUUCCUAUUGUCAAUUUAUAAUUUUCCUAAAUAUGAUUAAUGAGGCAAUACACAAAAAAAUAUAAAGGUGUCGAGUACACACAAGUUUAUGAGUGUAAUAUUUCAAUUUCAACACAGCUUCACAAAGCUUCUUCAACAAAGAUAAUUUCGUUUGGAUUAGUUAUGUAACACUGUUGCAGUAUUUUUAUUGUUGUCUUAUCGGUUUUUAUUUUUUCAAGGUGGUAAUUUAGCAGGUAUAAUUUGAGUAAUAGCACUAGAUAAUUAUAAUCGUAGUAAUGAUCGUCUCUACACCACAAUCACAAAACAAAUCCAAUUGUAAACCCAGUCGACCAUGAACGCGCUGCCGUCCGAAUGUGUCAACUACUGCGAUGGACAACCGCCAUUCUGGAGGCAACGCCGGAACCUGGUCGGAUUCAUGGCGUUCCUGGGAUUUUUCAACAUCUACACACUGCGGGUCAACCUAAGCGUGGCUAUUGUGGCCAUGACUUCGUCCACGGACACUCGAAAAAGCGAAUUCGACUGGGGACCUGAAUUGCGGGGAGCUAUUCUGAGUUCGUUUUUUUACGGAUACAUCACCACACAGCUGGCGGGCGGUCUCUUGGCUUCUAAGUUUGGCGGCGUAAAGACGAUCGGAUACGGUGCCUUGAACACUGCUUUGCUGACGGUCAUCACGCCUAUUGUGGCCAGGUAUUCGGUUUACGCGGUUCUCGUCCUCAGGGCAGUCGAAGGCAUUUUUGAGGGAGUCACGUACCCGAGUAUACAUGCCGUGUGGUCCAGGUGGGCUCCACCCGGAGAACGCACCCGGCUCGCAUCGUUUGCCUUCUCCGGCGGGUUUGUGGGUACUGUAGUCGCUUAUCCGGCUUGUGGUUGGCUGGCCGAGCACUAUGGAUGGCCUUUCACGUUCUACGUACCAGGUGUGGUGGCCAUCGUUUGGUGUGCCGUGUGGUUGACCUGCAUUUCCGAGAGCCCGGCACAAGAUAAAUACAUAAGCGCGCAAGAACUUAAGUAUAUAGAAGACGCCAUAGGACCAGUCGACAAAAAACAAUCCGAGUUCAAAAACUACCCGUGGAAAAGCAUAUUGACUUCGAUGCCGGUCUGGGCUAUUGUGUGUGCGUGCUUCUGCGAAUUUUGGGGCUUCUAUACACUGCUCACGCAAUUACCUAGUUUCAUGAACGACGUGCUUAAGUUUGAUUUGGGCAAAGGAAGUUUUUUUUCUGCCUUACCGUACUUCGUUAUGGCCAUCACUUUGCAGUUUGCAGGAUUUUUUGUCGAUUGGCUGAGGAAAAAAAAAAUUUUCACCACCACGCAGGUGAGGAAAAUAUUUAACUGUAGCGGUUUUAUGUGCCAAUCAUUCUUCAUGAUUUUGGUGGCAAAGUCGACUUCGGCCGUCAUGUCGGUCACGUGCCUUACCCUAGCAGUGGGUUUUGGAGCUAUCGCAUGGACCGCAUUUAGUGUUAACCAUUUGGACUUGGCUCCACAGUAUGCCAGCGUUCUCAUGGGACUGUCCAACACGUUCGCCUCUAUACCCGGUAUCGUCAGCCCUAUGCUAGCCGGCCUCAUCGUUCAACACAAGAGUGCAGAAGAAUGGCAAUGGGUGUUUCUGAUAGCCAGCGGCAUAUACAUGUUUGGAGCAGUCUUCUACGGAUUGUUCGCGUCAGGGGAUCUGCAGCCCUGGGCCCGAUUGAAAAUAGACAAAGACCAUGGCAGUGACAUAAAGGGCGAAGACAACAAUGCGUUUAAAAUGUAGACUCAAUACGAAGCUACCACACUAAUGUAUUAUUAUGUAUUCGACGUUUUACGGUUCAAGCUGUUCUGAUAGACUUAACGGGAUUAUGAGUGAUCAUAAUAUAUUUUCUAUCCAAGGCACAGAGAUCAUAAUAACGCUGACUUUGUACAACGUGUAGCACAAUAGUUAUUAAGACCGUCUGUUUUAUUUUUAAUAAGUCUUGGAACGCUGUAUGUACAUAAAAAAAAAAUCGCCUCCUAAGAGGUCAAACCGAACGCGAGUAUUAUCUAAUAUUGUUAUUUGUUCACAUGAUUAACAAUAUUAAUAAGGUAUUUCUCAUGUAAUAAUUAUCGUUGUGAUUU